UUUCAAACCACAAACCUGAAUGCUCUACUUGUCUUCUUAGGUGAAAAAGAAGUUAAGGAAAGAAUUAAAAUCACGACUACAAUUUCCACUUUGCAUAUUUAUUGUUAAAGUUGACCCUUCUUGGUAUAAUCAGCACUCCUGCUGUAUUCGCCAAGAAAUCUUACAUUGCUUGACCACAGUUGAUUAAUUCAGUAGUUAAAGGAAAACAUCCGGUACAACGUCUACCGUCGAUCAUAUUUCCCGUCCUUAGAUACGGGGUCAAUGCUUUCGACGUAUUAAAAUAUGCCCGAAUGGCACUCUUCGGAGGAUAAGAUUGUGAGUGAAGCGAUUUCUGGGAAUAACCAACAACCGUUGAAACCCCUAGGAAACCGUUUAGAGGAGACACAAACUUUCGCUGUCUUUCAGGAAGAGCUAGAAGUUAUUGAUGAAUUAGACGAUCCUGUGGAUGUUUGGUAUCGCUGCGUGGAAUGGCUAGGGUCUACACAAUACUUAAAGGAGAACACAUUACCGAAGGUUGUAGAAGAUGCUCUUGCUUACUUGGAAAAAUGCCGGUUUGCUCAAAACGACGUCCGACAUUUACGAAUUUGGCUUGCCAAAAUUCAUCGAUUAUGUGCUUCUCCGGAGACGUUCCCUGACGCUGCUCAAGAAUUUUAUCAUUUAGCAAGCAAACGUAUUGGGAUGGAAUUAGCCUUAUACUAUGAGGAGUAUACCUCUUUGUUAGUUCGUAUGCAGCGAUGGAGAGAAGCUUCAGUAGUAUUGCAGACUGGUGUAUCUCGAGAGGCUCGUCCAUUAAAUCGCCUUCUUCGCCAUGCCUCCGACUUCUCAAAUGUCUACAAUGCUUAUUUGAAAAAGUUAUCAGAUGAAAAUAUAUCUUUGGAAUCGCUUCCUUAUGAGCCACCAUUUCCUCCGCCUAGAACCAUACUUGGAACAAAAGCCAGUACAGAUGCAACUUCCACUUCUGAAAAAUUAUCUACCGUACAGAAUAAUGGUGUUCCUCAUGCAGCGAAACCUUUCCAAAUAUAUUCUGAUGCCCCUACUCCUCGUUCUGAACAUACUUUAUCCACUGCAUUGACAGUUCCACCUUCCAAUGUUAUUGGUGAACAAGGUCCAAACCUUCCUCUAUUUUAUGACGCUACUUCUGGAAAGCGAAUUGAGUAUGCGGCUUUUCAUUUCCCUGUUUUGUAUGAGAACGGGCAAGAAAAGUCAAUGGAAGAAUAUAGAGCUGAACGUUAUUUUGCUUCGCUUUCCUCUUCAUUGCAAGCUCCUGAAUCCCAAUCCUUUCCUGUUCCUACCGAUCGUCCUUUGUCCUCUUUCCAAAAUGAACCUUUGCAACCAACCCCCAAAAAAGAAGUGUUUGAUGUUUUAACACCUGUUGCACUUUCUCCAAAGCCCGCUUUGAAACCUUCUUCUCCCACUAUCCAUACAAAAGCUGCUUUGGCUGAUAUAAUGGAUCUUUUUAACCAACCUCUCCGUUCUGAAACUCAACAGACGCCUCCGAAGUCUCCGAAACCAAAUCACUCUUCCGACUUUGGUAGUCCGAAUAAUGUAACAAAAACGAUUUCAUUUAAUGAGCUUUCUUCCGUAAAGGAAGCUACAAACAACUUUGCCCAACCUUCAGCAGUACCUAGUCAUUCUGUUGAUAGCCCUUAUGAGAACAGAGUGUAUAAAAGCCAAUUAGCCCAUUCACCGCAAAAUUCCCAAUUAUUUUCUGGAUUACCAGCAGAUACCUUUGUUAAUGAGUCGUCUCUUCCAGCGAUUUCGAGUAACGCAAAACGGAGACGAACAUUGUCCGGCUCUCCUCCUUCAAUGACUUAUAGAAACCAUUAUGGCUCUAUUCCUUCCUUGGAUGAGCAGCCCAUGUUUUCCUUAAAUGAAAAACACGAACUUCAUACAGUGAACCCCUACCUACAAAAUGAACCUUUUACGAAUAUUCAUGAACAUGAUUCGCUGGUUAUGAAUAAACCUUUAGAGCAUCCUGUUCUACCUCCUUUACCUACUAUUAUCCAUCCCCUCGAUCAACCGCUACGCGACUGCUUAUACCAUGCACUAGGCCCCUACUUAAGAUCUGAUGAAAACUAUCAUGAGAUCGAUAGUAAUUUUACUAUGAUAGAAGCUAUUGAGUCUUUUGUUUCUAAACCAAGGACUACGCCUAGUGGGCGUGGUAGAAGACGAAGUAACAGCACUCGUCUUAGUUUAUUAAAUAGCCCCACUUUUCCUCUGACUUAUCCUCCAAACGUAAAACUUGGGAUCAUAAGUAAACUCGGGCAAGGAGCUUUUGCUCCUGUUUAUCUUGCUAAAGGACUUCCCUUAGAAAAUGAGCUAUCUGAAAAGAGAGAAAGUGAUACCGUUGAUUAUAAGUUGUAUGCAUUAAAAAUAGAGACUCCUGCUUCUUCACUUGAAUAUUAUUUGACACUGGAAGCUCGAAGAAGGAUGAGCGGUACUAGAGAUGUAGGUUCUAUACUUCCCGUCUACUAUUUAUGUAUGUAUCGGAAUACAAGCCAUUUGUUAAUGGAUUAUCGCCCACAAGGAUCGGUCUUGGACUUGGUGAAUUCAUUACGAAACACCUCUAGUUCUGUACCAGGAAUUGAUGAGAUGCUAGUAUUCUUUUUCUCGAUAGAACUUUUUAGAAUCGUUGAAGGGUUGCAUUCACACCAAAUUAUACACGGGGAUUUGAAGGCAGACAAUGCGUUGCUACGCUUGGAAGCAGUGAAUGAUAUAGAAUGGGACGCUUCCUACUCCCCUGAGGGUUUUUGCGGUUGGUCUUCAAAAGGAAUUUUUUUAAUUGAUUUUGGUAGAGGUCUUGAUAUGUCUUUGUUUGAUCCUAAAACAAAAUUUAUGGCAAACUGGGAAACUGACUCUCAAGAUUGUAUAGAAAUGCGUGAAGGUGAACCAUGGACGUAUCAAGUUGAUUAUCAUGGACUAGCCGCUAUUAUUCACACUAUGCUUUUUGGACAAUAUAUUGAGACAAAACUUGACUAUUCCGGCGGUCAGAGACGGCAGGUAUUGACUCAGCGGAUGAAGAGAUAUUGGAACCAAGAACUCUGGAAUCGGCUUUUUGAUGUUUUACUAAAUCCUACGUUGCAAACAUCAGAUGGAAGUCUCCCCAUUCCAGACUUAUUGAAAAAUGUACGAUUAGAAAUGGAGAAUUGGCUUGUUUAUCAUUCCACUAGUGGAAUUGGACUUAAAGGCAUGCUAAAAAAAAUUGAACAAAAGCUUGCUAGCUGAUUUAAGAAGUUUCUCCAAAAAAUAAUGGUUCCUAAUUUCCGUGUAUUUGUAGUACUUUUGUAUAGGAAUAAUUAUUAUUCUAUUUCUCUUUUUGCAAUUCACAAAAUAUUCAUAAUGAACCGC